GACCCAAAGGCCUGGCCCAUGAGAAGCCAGGACGGGCGUCCGUUCUACUAGCCUCCUUCUUCCACCUCCGCCUUCCCCCACCUCUUCACCGCCGACGGCCUCCUCCCCCUUCCUAAACCCCUCCGCGGAAACCCCUUUCCCCGCGCCAUGCGGUCCCUCGCGCGCCCGCCGAGGCCGCCCAAGCCCCUGCCCCCGCUCGCCGCCUUCGUCCAGUCCAUGGAGUACGUGGAGGUGAAGAUGCGGUGGAAGAAGGACGCGUCCUUCGACGCCGUCCCGGUGCUCGCGCACGCGCGGGACCUCCGCCCGCUCGCCGCCCUCGCGCGCCUCCUCUCCCCGUCGCCGACCCCCGUCUCCGCGGUCUCCAAGCUCCGCCGCUCGCUCGAGACCUCCGACCGCCGCGUCGCCUCCUUCCUGCGCCGCUUCCCCGCGGCCUUCGUCGAGUCCGUCGGGCCCGAGCACAACCACCCAUGGUUCCGCCUCUCCCCCUCCGCCGCGCGCCUCCAGCAGGAGGAGCGGGACGUCUUCGCCGCCCACCGCGCCGACAUCACCUCCCGCCUUCGCCGCCUCAUCCUCAUGUCCCCGGCCCGCCGCCUCCCGCUCACCGUCGCGCAGGGCAUGCUCUGGCACCUCGGCAUCCCGGAGGACUACUUCAAGCGCCCGGAUUUCGACAUUGGGCAGGAUGGGUUCAGGAUUCUGACCACUGGAGAUGCUGUUUUUUCCGAGGAUGAGAACCAUGGUAAGGAGCUGGGGCUCAUCGAUGAUGGGAAAGAUCAAGAAAUGCCACUGUCGGUGCUUCAAAUGGGUGCCAUACGGAGGUUCGGAUCGGCGGAGGAGGUGCCCUUCCCGCUGUUCCCGUCCAAGGGUCUUCGGCUGAAGCGGAAGAUUGGAGACUGGAUGGAGGGAUUCCAGAAGCUGCCUUGUAUCUCUCCCUAUGAGGACUUCAGCAACAUUCAUCGGGGUAGCGAUGUUUCAGAGAAGCGGGCGGUUGGGGUGCUCCAUGAGCUGUUCAGUCUGUUUGUGACAUGCUCUGCCGAGAGGCGACGGUUACUCUGCCUCAGGACACACCUGGGGCUGUCACAGAAGUUUCACCUGGUGUUUGAGCGGCACCCGCAUAUAUUCUACUUACUGUUGAAGGAGAAAACGUGCUUUGUUGUCCUCAAAGAGGCAUACAUGGCUGGGGGACACACAUCAAUUGAGGAGCACCCCAUGCUGGAGGUGCGGAGCAAGUAUGCCAGGUUGAUGCAGGAGUCACAGGAGAUCAUAAGGCGGCGGCGAAGCGGGAAGCCUGCACAGUUGGAUCCUGAGGAUCAAGAGAGUGAGGGUUCGAAGGGUGUAAAUUCAGCUGCAAUCCCUUCAUAGGAUGUUAAUUAUUUUUGACUGAUCAGAAAAUAAGGAAAUGGGCAAUACGGCUUUUUACGGAUUUUUGCAACAAAAAUGAGGGGGCUUUACCCUUGGAAGCAGCAAAUUUGCAUGCAAAUAAAGGAGUUGUGCGCCUAUGCAAAGAGAAGUUGACGAAUAACCAAGCAGGUGAAAUUAGUCUGGUGAAAGCUACCAUCUUAGACAUGCAUGAAUUACUAUAGCUUUGUUCUAUAGUUAGUUACUUACUUUCCACAUAUAAAAUUUACUAAGAUUAUGUGCGCUAGGAUAGGUAAAAUCGGCUGAAUGGGCUGCGAAUUUGGCUGGUGGUUGGAUCACAGUACUAUCUCACCAUAGGUUUUGCUUUUUAUCUUUUCAUUGACGCUUCAGUAUUCUGCAAGUUAUCUUUUGAGGAGUUGCUAUGAAACACUAUACUAUUGAUUUUACAGAUGAUAGUGAUAGGGUCCUCACGUUAUACCUUCAGGAUCAUCUAGUAAUUUUAACAAUUUUAGUCAUAUAAUUCAAUAUAUUAUUAUCCUAUAUUUUGUUGUAUGUGUAUAAUUGGACCGCUAGUUACAUGCGGUUGGUGCCGCAUUUAAUUAUUCACUGAGAAAUGCUAUAUAUGGGUUAUGUGAUAGAGGCGUAAAGUUGCAAAAUCCAUCACAAGGCACCUAUUUUUGAGAAGUGAACCACGUAGUUGGCACUUGGCAGCAUGGAGUCUAUCAUUGUACGUUCCAAUGAUCUGUUGCUGGACAAGUAUGAGAACUGGAUAUGUUUAUUGGUACUUCCGUAUCAGAGUAUUUAUGUCUACUCUCUACUAGAUGAACAUCUACACCUACGACCAUCAGUUCUGCCGUGGCAGUUGUACAUAUUUGAUACAAAGCUAAUGAAUUGCCAAAAGUGAGAUAUUUCUUAUCGGCUUGUGCGAUGUUCAUCUAAUGGUUGUUAUUAGGGUGCUUCUCUUUGGCUGUGGUUUCUGAAUCAGCAUUAGGUGCCCGGUUAUGUGCUCCAGGGAAGAUGUUCCUUGAUGGGGCUCACCUUACCAAGGAAGAUCAUUGCCCUGUGCCCAGUUAUGUAAAACGGCUGGCAGGUUCUCCACUCAUAUUAGCAAAUUCUGCUCCAGAUGUUGCAUAGAGGAGGAUGAUCUUCACCUCUUUUUUCUAUGCCACUUCGCAAAGGCUGCUUGGUUCUCACAUCCUUUGUUUCUAAGAUCAAAAGGCUUAGUACAGAACUCUAGAACUGUUCGCAUAGAGAAGGAUGAUCUUCACUUCUUUUUCCUAUGCCACUUUGCUAAGGUUGAUUGGUUCUCACAUCCUUGGUUUCUAAGGUCAGAUAGCUUAGUACAAAAAAUUAGAACUGUUCCUGAGAUCAUUCAUAGCCUGCUUACGUCUGAUCAUCCACGUGUUUCCGUUAGCAGCAUUUUAACUUUUAUGUGGUGUAUUUCGAAGUCCAAUGAUCUCUUUGCAGGAAAGCAGGAUCUCCUUUUCAGGUUGUUCAUGCAGCACAAGCAAUUCACAUUGCUUAUCCCCUGAAACCCAAGCAGAUGCCAUGGCUCAACGGAGCAGUGCAAGUUCGUCUUGGGGUCUCUGUUAGGCAGAAAAGUUAGAGCAUUUUCAGAUACCCAUGAAGGUUAAUUUCCCAUGCUGUAGGGGAGCAGCUUAAGUAGGAGCUUGAUUUUCGGUUGUUUUGCUUUGUAUUUCAGCCGGGAAACGUGUAGUAGCUGGAGUCUUGCAGUUAGUUUUUGUAUUGUAGUUGUGCCUGUGCUGGUGCCUUUCUGUAGUAGCUGGAGUUGGCUCGUUUAUGCUGGUGAUGCACUGUAAUUUGCUGAAGGAUACUGUUUUAUCAGUUAUUACAAUGAAUGGAAAUUGGGGACAAUGCUCCUUAAUUCGAAAAAGAAGAUAUCCAUGAAGUAUAGUUGAAAACAUGCAAGAGAUAGAUUGUCCAUUAUCUCAGCCUAUCGAGUUCUUUAGAGAGCAAGUUUUGUGUAGAAUUUCCAACAUUGCAGUUAUGUGUAUGUUGACAUGCAUUUUGUUGGAUAGAAGGGAAUACCAAUAAUGCG